AUGCUCAUGGAUGAAAUACUGAUCGAACGGGCGAAGAUUAAAGAGUUUUUAGACACGAUCGUUCAAGCACAUAAGAGAUACUUGUUUGACAUUCAGGAUCCACAGACGCUGGACAAACUGCGAAAAGAUAUUCGAAUAUGUCUCUACGAUAUCUGUAAACUAAAUGCAAUGCUUACAUCCAAUGAAGGCGAUGGUAGCAUCAAGCAAGAAAUUGACCGUUUGGCGAAGCAGGCGCGGAAACUAGAAAAAUUGGAUCAACGAGAGUUUUCUAUAGAGGCCAGCUUGCAAGAAUGGCAUUUUGAAAAACAGGACGAAGACCAGGAUGCGGUGGAAGACAAUGUUGAAACAGAAACAUUUUCUUUUCAAACACGAUAUCGCCAUUUCCUCAAUCAAUACCUCAGUAGGGUUGGAAUAUCCACCACGUCAGUUGUCAAUGGGAAUGAACCCCUUGCAAACUCUGAGAAAGAAAUCGACGCUACCGUCGAUAAAAACAGCACAAUUCAAAACGUUUCUAUGCUGCGAACAAGCCAAACACAGGUACAGCGAGAGAUGAGUCAGCUAGAGUCCUUACUCUCAGCCUUCAAGAAGGAUGAAAAGUUCAUCAAGCAAGAAUUGCAGCGCCGACAAAACGAGAUUGACAGCGUAGUCGUAGCUCUAAGUAGUAAUCUUUCAAAUGUCCAUCGCUCACAGGAUAAGCUACUCGCAAAGUUAGGAAUUGCUGAUGAUUUUGAUCGCGGAGACAGUUCGCUUCUGUCCCGCUUUAACAAAAUCGAUUUGGAAAAAUCUUCUCACCAGCGCGCGGAUCAACUGAGCUAUGCAAAGGAGUACCUGGCAGCGCGGCAAGACGUUCUAAAUGCAAAUUUGAAAAUGUGCAAAGAAGAUUUGAGCUUUGCAGAAUCUACUAGAAAUAUUUGGGAUGAUUCCCUGAACAAGAUCAAUAGCCUAGAAAGGCUACUCAAGAAUAUGUUAAUGGAAAAUUCAAAUACGCCCCCGCAAAUUUUAUCCCAGGAAAUUUACAAAGUUGUUACUGAACUGCAAGAAACGCUAUCCUCGACAGCUUCUGAUAUUCUCGAUAGCUGCCUUGGAAACGAAAUUGAGAUUCUGAAACGUGCCAAUGAGGAACUUAUUUCUAGAAGUUCAGAAACGCCCUCAUCAAAGCCGCAAAAAGAAUUGGGUGGGAGUUUAAGCAUCACGGGAAGUUCACCACCAAAAAUCGGACUCAAUAGAGAAAAUAUCACUUACUUGAAUGGGUCGUCUUUGCAACCAGGCACAUCAAUUGUAAAUUUGGAUAAAAUGCAGAAACGAGAAUGA